CAACUCCGCGCGUGACACGACCUAAUCUUCAAAAAUGAACGCGAUAUAUCAGAUGGUCCAAGAGACCCAGGAUUCCCUCUCCGACGAUGCCCUCCUCCCCCUUAAGUCCUACAAAUACUCGAGUGUUGACAAGUCGUUCAUUUCUCGGUAUAUCCUGAAGCACUACUGGAAUGCCUUCGUCGAAAUUGUGCCGAUGUGGAUGGCCCCGAACAUGGUGACCCUUCUUGGGUUCAUGUGGAUCGUGGCCAAUAUCUUUAUCAUUCAGAUUUUCGUGCCAGAUAUGGUGGGACCCGGCCCCGCUUGGAUUUACUACAGCUUUGCUCUUGGCAUGUGGAUGUAUUCUACCCUCGACAAUGUGGAUGGUAAACAGGCACGCCGAACUGGGACGUCCAGUGGACUCGGAGAACUUUUUGAUCACGGUAUCGACUCUUUGAACUGUACCCUAGCCAGUCUGCUGUCGACAGCCGCAAUGGGCUUCGGAGCCUCGCAACUUGGUGCUUGGACUGCACUCGUGCCUUGCUUGGCCAUGUAUUUCUCGACAUGGGAGACCUUCCACACCCACACCCUCUACCUCGGCUAUUUCAAUGGCCCGACUGAGGGUCUGAUCAUCGCCUGUGCAACUAUGAUUGCCUCCGGCAUCUGGGGCCCUGGAAUGUGGUCUCAGCCCAUCGUUGGAUUCCUUAACUUCCCUCAAAUCUUCGGCAACAACUCCAUCAAGGACAUCUGGGUUCCAAUUCUCCUGGGUGGCUUCUUCCUCGGACAUCUCCCCGGAUGUGUUAUGAAUGUAGCCGAGGCCCGCAAGAAGCAGGGCUUGCCGUUCACCCCGCUGCUUAAGGAGUGGGUGCCUAUGAUCGUCUUCACUUUCUCCAACAUUGCCUGGUUGUUCUCGCCUUACUCAACAAUUCUUUCCGGGAACCACCUCGUUUUGUUCUGCUGGGUUAUUGCAUUCGUCUUCGGACGUAUGACCACCAUGAUCAUUUUGGCCCAUCUUCUGAGACAGCCCUUCCCCCUCUGGACUAUUAUGCAAGCUCCCCUCAUCGGUGGCGCAGUCCUCAUCAAUCUGCCCAUAAUCGGCUUCCCGGUCAUUGCCCCAUGGUUGGAAAUGUUGUAUCUCUGGGUAUACUUCUUCUUCGCCCUGGUUAUCUACAUGCACUGGGCGGUUCUCGUCAUCAACCGCAUCACAACUUUCCUCGGUAUCAACUGCCUUACUAUCCGAAAGGAUAAGGGUGCUGCCAGAGACAGAGCCUAUCGCAACCUCGGUGAAUCGUCCCACACAGAUCAGUCUCACGCUUCGACUGACACAUCAAAGACACAUUGA